AUGCAAAACUUAAGAGACUUGCCAGUCCUCGCAAUCGUACGACGAGCCGAGGAGGUGGAGAAUGUAAUAAGAAAUGAAGGUCCGAGGACGCGGCGCCCGAAGAAGCCGAGCGGCCCCAAGUCGACGGUGACGGGCGCGACGGCGGAGGAGAAGCGGCCGCGCACCGCCUUCUCCGGCGCCCAGCUGGCGCGGCUGAAGCACGAGUUCGCCGAGAACCGCUACCUGACGGAGAAGCGGCGCCAGCAGCUGAGCGCCGAGCUGGGCCUCAACGAGGCGCAGAUCAAGAUCUGGUUCCAGAACAAGCGGGCCAAGAUCAAGAAGGCGUCGGGCCAGAAGAACCCGCUGGCGCUGCAGCUGAUGGCCCAGGGGUUGUACAACCACUCGACCAUACCGCUGACCAAGGAGGAGGAGGAGUUGCAGGAGAUGCACGACAAGGGCAGCUCGUAG